AAAAAGGGGCGUAACAUUUGUUGUGCAGACUGACAUUGCUGGCCGCUGUCACAACAUCAAUUUUCCGGAAAUUUAAUCGAAUAAGCGCAUAUUUACACACACGAUCAGUUUUUCAAAUGACGUGACAAGUAUUCUUCUAAUUCGGGAAUUUGUUUAACUUUUCGUCAAAAAUUUUGGAAUUUCUUUAACUCUAAGCACAGCUGCAAAAUGUCAGCAAUUUUCAACCUCCAAAGUCUACUCACCGUCAUUCUGCUGUUGAUUUGUACCUGUGCUUACAUCAGGUCAAUGUUUCCAAGCUUGUUGGACAACAACAAAGUAGGAUUUCGGGGUAUUUUCUGGAAAUGUGCCCGUAUUGGAGAGAGGAAGAGUCCUUACGUGGGAUUUUGCUGUCUGGUCAUGGCAGUCAAUUUACUGUUUUGGACGUAACACGCCAGCUACAAUUUGUUCCGUUACUCAAGUUUAAUUUUUCUUGCAUAAUCUAAUAAAAGUCAUCAAUUUCUAACAAUUUCUUAAA